AUGCAAUCUGCGGCGUCCCCGCGUUGGUGUUGGCGCUAUCUGCGUCUGAGUUGUUACCUCGCCGUGCUCAGCGCACUGCUACAGCACACGCUGGCGCUGCCCGAUGUCAUCAAAAUCGGUGGCCUAUUUCAUCCGACCGACGACACACAGGAGUUGGCCUUUCGUCAAGCUGUCGAGCACAUCAACUCGGAUCGAUUAAUAUUGCCGCGCUCCAAGUUGGUGGCACAAAUUGAGCGCAUCUCGCCGUUUGAUAGCUUCCAUGCGGGCAAAAGGGUUUGCGGCUUGUUGAACAUUGGCGUGGCAGCCAUAUUCGGGCCACAAUCCUCGAACACCGCGAGCCAUGUGCAAAGCAUCUGCGACAAUAUGGAGAUUCCUCACUUGGAGAACCGUUGGGAUUACCGUUUGCGACGUGAAAGCUGCCUGGUGAACUUGUAUCCACAUCCAAACACACUGGCCAAGGCUUAUGUGGAUAUCGUGAAGCAAUGGGAAUGGAAGACUUUCACCAUUAUCUAUGAGAACAAUGACGGCAUUGUACGGCUACAGGAGUUAAUCAAGGCGCAUGAUAACUCACCGUAUCCGAUUACAGUGCGACAAUUGAGUUUAUCGGGGGAUUAUAGACCACUGCUGAAACAAAUCAAAAACUCCGCCGAAGCGCACAUCGUACUCGACUGUUCCAGCGAUAAAAUUUACGAAGUACUCAAGCAGGCACAACAAAUUGGCAUGAUGAGCGACUAUCACAGUUACUUGAUUACCUCACUGGAUUUGCAUACCAUCAACCUAGACGAAUUCCGUUAUGGUGGCACGAAUAUAACCGGCUUUCGUCUGAUUAACGAAAAAGUCGUCUCGGAUGUGGUGCGUCAGUGGAGUUUCGACGACAAGGGCUUACAACGCUCUGCCAAUUUGAGUACGGUGAGGGCGGAGACUGCGCUAAUGUACGAUGCGGUACAUCUUUUCGCAAAAGCAUUACAUGAUUUGGAUACAUCGCAACAAAUCGAUAUACAUCCCAUUAGUUGUGAUGGUCAAAAUACGUGGCAGCAUGGUUUUAGUUUGAUCAAUUAUAUGAAGAUCGUCGAAAUGAAGGGUCUAACCAAUGUGAUAAAAUUUGAUCAUCAAGGCUUUCGCACCGAUUUCGUGUUGGACAUUAUCGAAUUGGGGCCGAUGGGUAUACGCAAAAUUGGCACAUGGAAUUCAACACUGCCGGACGGUAUCAACUUUACGCGUACCUACAGCCAAAAACAGCGCGAAAUUGAAGCGAACUUGAAGAACAAAACGCUGACGGUCACAACAUUAUUGAGCAAUCCGUACUGCAUGCGCAAAGAGUCAGCAGUUCCACUCACAGGCAACGAUCAGUUUGAAGGUUACGUUGUUGAUCUCAUACAUGAAAUCUCGAAGGCUCUGGGUUUCCAUUACAAAAUACAGUUAGUGCCUGAUGGCAGCUAUGGCAGUUUCAACAAACAAACUCUCGAAUGGAACGGCAUGAUACGCGAGCUGUUGGAGCAACGCGCCGAUCUUGCGGUGGCUGAUCUCACCAUCACCUUUGAGCGCGAACAAGCAGUAGACUUCACCAUGCCCUUCAUGAACUUGGGUGUUUCGGUGCUUUAUCGCAAACCCGUUAAGCAACCGCCUAACUUAUUUUCAUUUCUCUCACCACUUUCGCUCGACGUUUGGAUCUACAUGGCCACAGCAUAUUUGGGCGUUUCUGUGCUGCUCUUCAUUUUAGCACGCUUCACACCUUACGAAUGGCCCGCAUAUUCUGAUGCUCAUGGCGAGAAAAUAGAAAGUCAAUUCACACUAAUGAAUUGUAUGUGGUUCGCAAUCGGUUCAUUAAUGCAGCAAGGUUGCGACUUCUUGCCCAAAGCUUUAUCAACGCGAAUGGUGGCUGGCAUAUGGUGGUUUUUUACUUUGAUCAUGAUCUCCUCGUACACAGCUAACUUGGCGGCUUUUCUCACUGUCGAACGCAUGGAUUCGCCUAUUGAAAGCGCUGAGGAUCUGGCAAAGCAGACGCGUAUAAAAUAUGGCGCUUUAAAGGGUGGCAGUACGGCAGCGUUUUUCAGAGAAUCGAAAAUAUCAACCUAUCAGCGCAUGUGGUCAUUCAUGGAGUCCGCACGACCAUCUGUAUUUACCUCGACUAACGCCGAGGGCGUGGAGCGCGUAGCCAAGGGCAAAGGCUCAUAUGCUUUCCUCAUGGAAUCCACAUCCAUCGAAUAUGUGACCGAACGUAACUGUGAGCUGACACAAGUCGGCGGUAUGUUGGACACCAAGGGUUAUGGCAUAGCAGCGCCACCGAAUUCACCUUAUCGCACCGCCAUCAAUGGCGUCAUACUUAAGCUGCAGGAGGAGGGCAAACUGCACAUACUGAAAACCAAAUGGUGGAAGGAGAAGCGUGGCGGUGGCAGUUGUCGCGUUGAGACAUCGAAAUCCUCAUCGGCCGCAAAUGAGUUGGGUCUGGCGAAUGUGGGCGGUGUGUUCGUCGUGCUAAUGGGCGGUAUGGGUGUGGCAUGUGUUAUUGCCGUCUGUGAAUUUGUGUGGAAAUCGCGAAAGGUUGCCGUCGAAGAGCGGUUAAGUGCGAUUUUGCACGAAUGA